AUGCAGGCGGACCGAGGGGCGAGCGGAGGCCGCGGCCGCCGGCCAGGACGCGCCCGGCCCGGCGGCGACCGCGAGCGCGACCGUGACCGCGACCGUGACCGGGCGGGCGCCGCGGCGGCAAGAGGCGGCGGAGACAGUGGCGGCCGCCGGGGGCGCGGCCGGGGCUUCCGAGGAGGCCGCGGCGGCCGAGGAGGAGGCGCCCUGCGAGGCGGCCGUCGGGAGCCAGGAGGCCGGGGCGCGGGGGCCCGGGCGCCGGUUGAAGAUGACAGUGAUGCAGAGACCAAUGGAGAAGAGAACGAGGAGCAGGGAAAUUAUUCUAAAAGAAAGAUAGUCUCUAACUGGGAUCGAUACCAAGAUAUUGAAAAAGAGGUCAAUAACGAAAGUGGAGAAUCACAGAGGGGAACGGACUUCAGUGUUCUCCUCAGCUCUGCAGGGGACUCAUUCUCACAGUUCCGGUUUGUUGAAGAGAAAGAGUGGGAUGGUGAAGUGUCAGGUCCAAAACAGAAUUCAGCGUUUUAUGUGGACUGCGAGUCACUGGUCCGAGCCCUUCAAGAACUGCCUCUCUCUCUCCGGCUCAAUGUUGCUGCCGAGUUGGUCCAGACCGCCCUUCCUUUAGAGCUUCCUCAGAUGAAACCAAAGAGGAACGAUGAAGCCAAGGGACUGGGGAUGCAGUUAAAAGGGCCCUUGGGUCCUGGCGGAAAGGGGUCCGUCUCUGAGCUGAAACCUGCCGCCUGCUGCCCUGCCCCCUCGGGGGGUCCCCAGAAACCCACUGCCCCACUGCCGUCGGCAGCAGACCACUUGGAGGAAGAAUUAGAUCUGCUGCUUAGUCUAGACGCACCUGUAAGAGACGGGGAGAGCAUCCUACCGGACCUGACGCCUGGGUUAGAAUCUGAGAAAGACAGAGACAUGGCCCAGGAAGGACAAGGUCCCGCAGAACCAUCUGUGACAGACGAAAAGAAUGUGCAAUCUGAGCAACCAAGUACAUCAAAACCCGUUACUGAGGAAGAGCUUGAAGACUGGUUGGACAGUAUGAUUUCAUAACGUAAAAAAGAAAAAUGGGAAAAAAAAAGUGCCUGAAGCAGAUUUUGGUUGCCUUGUCCAGUCAGGGUGGGCCCAAGGCUGUCCUUCCAGAAUAGCUGGUUCUGAGCAUGCUCCAAGCCCAUGUGUCCCACCACCUUUGCCGCAGUGAAGGCCUGCCUCUACAUUCCACAACAUCCAAAACUAUACAUUUAAGAGACUUGUGGCAUUUGUUCUCUGGCUUAGUGAUCUGCUAGAUUGCUUGAGGGCAGCCUCCUUCCUUGCAGUGUUUACAGCUGAGCAGUGCCGCUGCUAGACUAGAAACAAGAAACAAGGCAUGCAUUUGGCCCAAAUAAACCAACGCUGGUCUACA